AUGGAUUUAAGGAAACUUGUUGGCUUGCUUCUAUUAGUUUUCAUAUCCCUUAUGGAGAUGCUUUUCAAGAAAAUUGCAGUUUCGGUGUUAAGUUUCGUGGGGUUUUCUGAUUCUCAAAGUUCACCAUCGAAUAGCAGGGAAUUGCAGAGAGUUGUUUCUUCACCAAGAAUCAGACUAAAGGAUGGAAGAUGGCUGGCAUACAGAGAAAGAGGAGUUCCAAUGGACAAAUCCCUUCACAGAAUCAUCCUUGUCCAUGGGAUUAACAGCUCCAAAGAUAAGGAUUUUCUUGCAACCCAAGAAAUCCUAGAGGAGAUGAGGAUAUAUAUGCUACAGUUUGAUAGAGCUGGAUAUGGGGAAAGUGGUUUAAAUCCGAAACGGUCAUUAGAAAGUGAAGCUUGUGAUGUAGAAGAAGUAGCCGAUCAACUACAAAUAGGAUCAAAAUUCUAUCUAAUUUCAGUUUCUGCUGGAAGCUAUCCUGCCUGGAAUUGCCUCAGACGCAUACCACACAGGCUAUCAGGCGUGGCUUUUGUUGUUCCAAUUAUCAACUACAAAUGGAACUCCCUUCCUCAUGAUUUGAUCAAGAACGAUCACAAUAACAAGCUUUGGCGAUUAGUAAUUUUGCUCGCACGCUAUGCUCCUGGGUUACUCUACUCAUUUUUUACACAAAAAUCGAACAGUGUUUUCUCGGGCAAUUCCGCAUUGUUUAGCAAAAAGGACAGGGAAGUUGCAAAGAAUGCAAAUAGAUCGGAAGUUUUUAACCCGAAACUUUAUCCAAAGCAAAGUGAUUUUGAGUCUCUUCUCCAAGACUUCACCUUGGCUUAUGGAAACUGGGACUUUGAUCCACUAGAAUUUGGUAAUCCAUUUACUGAUGAAAAUGAAAGCUCAGUUCAUAUUUGGCAAGGUUAUGAGGACAACAUAGUACCUUGUCGCUUACAAAGAUAUGUUUCCAAAAGGCUACCUUGGAUUCAUUAUCAUGAAGUUAUUGAUGGUGGACAUGCCUUGUGGCAUGUUGGUCCAAUUGGUGAAGCUAUCUUGAGGUCCCUUCUCCUUCGUGAACAAGACACAACGCCACAGACUGCUUGA